AAAUAUAUUUUGAAUAAAUAAUAAAAUGGAAAGACGCGCAUUCAACCAUAUAAUGUCAACCUGUAUACGCACAACUGUCUAUCUCCACCACAUUAUAAAAAUACUUUUCUAACAGUAUUCUUCCACGAACAUUCUCUUGUAUAUAUAACACUCAUGCCUUCUUGGAUCUUCUCCUAACACACUUCCUUUCCAUUUGUUUACAACUAAGUUCUCCUUUUCUCUCAAAUAAUAAACUUCCACCUUCCUUCACGUUAUGGGAAACUACGUUUCUUCCGCUCUAAGCAAAACGUCGUCUUCCCCGGCGGCGAGAGUGAUUCUCCCUGACGGUGAGGUCCGUCGUAUCCACGAGCCGACCAAAGCCGCAGAGCUAAUGAUGGAGAUUCCAAGCUUCUUCCUCGUAGACGCCAAGUCGUUAAAAAUCGGCCGGAAGUUUAACCCGUUAGCCGCCGAUGAUGAUCUUCAAAUAAAAAGCUGCCACGUGUACAUCGCUUUCCCUAUGACGCGUGCCACGUCAGCAGCUAACGCUUCGGAUAUGGCAAGAUUAUUCGCAGCAGCCAAGAAACAACAACGCAGCCGAGUCGGACCUAAAUCUUCUGGUGUUGGAACAGCCGUGAAAAGCUGUCACAAUGGAAGGGUAUCGCCGGACGGAGGAGAAGAUGACGUCAAGAUGAUAUCACUAUCAGCGGGAUCAAAGCUGAACUUGGAAGACAUAGAAGAGUUUUCGGCGGCGGAGUUUAUGCAUAGGAUCUCGGUUUCGAAAUCUAAGAAGCCGAAGUUAGAAACUAUAGUUGAAGAAUCUUUCUCUUAACGCAUGCAAAAUCAAACAUAAAUGGAAAUUUGAUUUUUCUUCAAAUUUUAUUAUUUUUUUGUUUCAUUAUCCUCUAUGCGCAAGUGGUUUCUCUUUUGUGGUAUUGAUGAACAGAAAGAGACAUUGGUUGAGAAUGAACAUGUGAUCGCUUCAUUUUUUGUCCAUUAAUGUGAAUUAUGAUUUUAGCUU